UUGCCAAGGCAGGAUUGCCAAAUGCAGAAGGGGAGAGAAAUCUCUACAUAUUGGGAACUUCCAGGAAGGAAUAAUGGUGGUCUAGACAUUGGCUGUGAAUACUCCUGUCAGCAAAGAUAAUUUUGCAGUGAUUAAGAUAACCAAGGUAGAUAUCCUGGUUAUCACAACCCCCUUUUGAGAUAAGGGAGUUCAGAGAUAAAGCCUCACAUGAUCAGAAGCAGACAUUCUUCACGCUGGAGGCACAAGUUUUUGUGGGUGGAGAACCAUCUUGAGCGAGGGACAGUUGUUGAGCCCACACACAGCAUAAGAACUCUUAAUUAGAGCACCAGGUCAGCAAAAUUCUUUUAAUUAUUAUUAAGACUGGAAGUAAAGAAAAAAUGGAUUUUCUAUCUGCCAGUUAAAUGGCACCCAGAAUGGAAGUGGACUGAUGAGUGACAAAGAAGUGCUAAUUAACGGGCUUGAAAAUAAAUCAAGAGGCUUAAAUUAACUACUGAUGGCCUUGAAAGAUCCCAUCUGAUGAAUGGCUUUGAAUUUGUGUGAAAUCUUUACUUUAAAUAACUGAUGAAUCUUUGUACCGUAUAUGCUGAAUUUGCGUUGGAGACUAACCUUAACCUUAUGUGAAGAAAGGAAUGUGUAAAUGCAAGAUCCUAGAAGGGAGAUUGCCAAGGGAAAACCUAACAGAAAAAAGGCCCCCCCAAAAAUGCUGAAGACUUUACCAAUCGUUGAUAGCAUAAGACAAAUGUUGAAUGAGCAGUUCACAGAAUUAAAAGCUGAGAUGCAUAGAAUUUCAAGAGAAUUUGGAUCAGAGAUAUUUCAGAUUAAAGAACUCACAGGACCUGUUGGAGAGGAUUUAGAAUCGCCUCUGCCUGAGUGUGAGACAGCCUCUGACCCUGGAUUGGGCUGCAUGGCCUUGCAGCUGGAGGACGAGGCAGAUGAAGGACUCUGUUGUGAUGCCAGGAGAGAUAAAUGGAUUUACAAUCAGAGUUCUUGAGAGAUGAUCACAGAUGACAGAUGAUGGAGAUGUGGUUGAAAGGGGAAGCAAUGAAAUAGUAAGGACUGACUUAAAGAAGCUUCCAGCUCUUCCAACGCAGGCACUGAAGGAGCACCCAUCUCUUGCUUACUGUGAGGACCGAGUUAUUGAGCAUUACAAGAAGCUAAAUGGGCAGACGAGAGGUCAAGCCAUUGUCAAUUACAUGAGCAUUGUAGAAUCUCUUCCAACAUACGGAGUCCAUUAUUAUGCAGUUAAGGACAAGCAGGGAAUCCCUUGGUGGUUAGGACUUAGCUAUAAGGGAAUCUUUCAGUAUGACUACCAUGACAAAGUGAAGCCAAGAAAGAUCUUCCAGUGGAGGCAGCUGGAGAACCUCUACUUCCGAGAGAAGAAGUUUUCCGUGGAAGUGCACGACCCUCGCAGGGCAUCUGUGACUAGAAGGACUUUUGGACACAGUGGCAUUGCUGUGCACACGUGGUAUGCCUGUCCUGCCUUGAUAAAGUCCAUCUGGGCUAUGGCCAUUAGCCAGCACCAAUUCUACUUGGACAGAAAGCAGAGCAAAUCCAAAAUUCAUGCAGCAAGAAGCCUGAGUGAGAUUGCCAUUGACCUGACUGAAACUGGAACUCUGAAGACCUCCAAACUAGCCAAUAUGGGAAGCAAAGGAAAGAUCAUCAGCGGCAGCAGUGGGAGCCUUUUAUCAUCAGGUUCCCAAGAGUCAGAUAGCUCUCAGUCUGCCAAGAAAGACAUGCUGGUUGCCUUGAAGUCCAGGCAAGAAGCUCUGGAGGAGACCCUGCGCCAGCGCCUGGAAGAGCUAAAGAAGCUCUGUCUCCGAGAAGCGGAGCUUACAGGAAAAUUGCCAAGAGAAUAUCCCCUUGACCCAGGGGAAGAGCCCCCAAUUGUGCGUAGAAGAAUAGGUACUUCCUUUAAACUGGAUGAACAGAAAAUACUGCCAAAAGGAGAGGAAGCUGAACUGGAACGCUUGGAGAGAGAAUUUGCCAUUCAGUCCCAAAUCACGGAAGCUGCCCGACGCCUAGCCAGCGACCCAAAUGUCAGCAAGAAGCUGAAAAAACAAAGGAAAACCUCAUACCUGAAUGCACUGAAGAAACUUCAGGAGAUUGAAAAUGCCAUCAACGAGUACCGUAUCAAAUCUGGAAAGAAGCCAACACAAAGAGCCUCCUUGAUCAUAGAUGAUGGAAAUAUUGCCAGUGAGGACAGUUCACUCUCGGACGCUCUCGUUCUGGAGGAUGAAGACACUCAGGUUACCAGCACGAUAUCCCCUUUACAGUCCCCUCACAAAGGACUCCCUCCCCGUCCCCCGUUGCAUAAUAGACCAGCUCCUCCGCAGUCCCUGGAGGGACUCAGGCAGGUGCACUACCAGAAGAAGGACUAUGACAAGUCCCCCCUCAAGCCCAAGAUGUGGAGCGAGUCAUCCUUGGAUGAACCCUAUGAGAAGGUCAAGAAGCGCUCUUCACACAGCCAUUCCAGCAGUCACAAGCGGCUUCCCAGCACUGGGAGCUGUGCAGAGGGUGGAGGGAGCAACUCCCUACAAAACAGCCCCAUUAGGAAUCUGCCCCAUUGGAACUCCCAGUCCAGCAUGCCAACAACACCAGAUCUACGGGUACGCAGUCCACAUUAUGUGCAUUCCACUAGGUCUGUGGACAUCAGCCCUACUAGGUUACAUAGUUUAGCACAGCACUUUAGACACAGAAGCUCCAGUUUAGAGUCCCAAGGGAAGCUCGUUGGGUCAGAAAACGAGACGGGGAGCCCCGAUUUCUACACCCCUCGGACUCGCAGCAGCAAUGGCUCUGACCCAAUGGACGACUGCUCCUCCUGCACCAGCCAUUCCAGCUCUGAGCACUACUACCCUGCUCAGAUGAAUGCCAACUAUUCCACCCUGGCUGAGGAUUCCCCCUCCAAAGCCCGGGAACGGCAGAGGCAGAGGCACAAGUCGGCAGGGAACCUGGUCUCCUCCAAUUCAGGGAGCAUGCCCAACCUGGCUGCCAGGAACGGGACUGGCCACCACGGAGUCUAUCUGCACAGCCAGAGCCAGCCGUCCUCUCAGUACAGGAUCAAAGAGUACCCUCUCUACAUCGAAGGGAGCUCCACGCCGGUGGUUGUACGCAGCCUGGAGAAUGACCAGGAGGGACACUACAGCGUGAAGGCACAGUUUAAAACAUCUAACUCCUACACGGCGGGGGGAAUGUUUAAAGAGAACUGGCAUGGGGAGGAAGCGGACUCCGUCAGGCUGACCCCCUCCCGUUCUCAGAUCAUCAGGACUCCGUCUUUGGGCAGAGAGGGUCACGAGAAGGGGUCGGGAAGGACAAUGGUGUCAGAUGAGCUGAGGCUGUGGUACCACCGGUCCACAGCUUCCCACAAAGACCAUAGCCGCUUGUCGCACACUAGCUCCACUUCGUCGGACAGCAGCUCCCAGUACAGCACCUCCUCUCAAAGCACCUUCGUGGCGCACAGCAGGGUAACAAGGAUGCCUCAGAUGUGCAAAGCAACGUCAGCUGCCUUACCGCACAGUCAGAGGAGCUCCACGCCAUCUAGUGAGCUAGCGGCUACACCACCCAGCAGCCCACAUCACAUCCUGGCCUGGCAGACAGGGAGCUGCAGUGAUAGCUGUUACUUGGAUUCUCCCCUCUAUCCAGAACUAGCUGAUGUCCAGUGGUACGGACAGGAGAAAGCCAAGCCUGGAACUCUCGUGUGAAUCCCCUUGACCUCAGCUGUUCAAACGCAUCAAUGCCAUUCUGAAAAAUCACCUCACUGCCUCUCAUUUGCCUUACACUGGCACCUGAUACCAGCUUCAAGUCAAAGCACUUUUUGCAUAAGGCAACUGAAGAUGAUAUUAGAAAAACAGAUCCAUCCCCAACCAGUAGCAGAAAACUAAUUCCUUCACUCCUGGUUAUUUCAAACUGCCAUGUGCCUCACAGAGAUCACCCCAGAGCAGAGGGCAAAUUUACAAAUAACUUGGAUGUUAAGAACACCACAGGCAGUCAAUUCAAACCAUUCAAGGUUGCAUAAGCCUCUUUCUUUGAUAUGUACAACUGUUCUAACAUAUAUGAUUUGAACUCUAAAGUCAAAGUACUAGUUAAUGCUAAUGUGACAGCUAUCAUGAAAUACCCUUUUCAUUGCAGAAAAAGACUGUAGGGAAUAGAGAAUGAUCCUAUCAUUUCAGAGUGAGCCAGAAUACUGUACUGCAACUGUUCUGUGCUGCCAAAGAUUUCAGUAGCUGUUUUAUGAUGCAUUUAAAAGUAUCCAUUUUUUUCAGAAACAGUAACGCUACUAUUCUGUAACUUGCCUUCCAUCUUGAUGCUCUGAGCACCACUCUACUAUGAUGAUACUCACCCCACAACCUGGGCAGAUAUCAUCUGAGAAAACUCUGAAAAGAUGAACAAGGGCAAGGAAUUGCUUCUUUUUAACGUUCCUGUGAUUAGUUGCAAGUAAAACAACCAAUAAAUUUUUCAGAGGAUUUCUAUGAUCAGUUGUGAAGUAAAAUGCCAAAAAGUGUUGUUUUGUUUAAAAUCAAUUUGCCUAGAAAAUGUCUCACAUCAUGGAAAAGCACACCAUGUAAGCUUGACAGCAAAAUACAGUAAUACUUGUGCGGGGAAGGGCUUAUUGACUGGCCAGGGAAGUGAACUAUGCUUCAAAGAGGAGUGCUUGGCAGUUUUUAUUUGUUUACGAGCAGUUUAGGUUGUUUUCCUAAGAUGAAUCAUGAAGAGAUUACAAAAACUUUUGACACGAAGUAUGGUUGUCUGCCAAUACCAAAAGAGAGGAAACUACAAGUUUACAUGUACACUUGAGCAAUGCUUUUUUAUACACUUCUAGAAAGCCAUCAUACUUCACAAGGCCUCAGUACUUUUAUAAUGAACUAAUGCACAAAUUUCUAGGUCCCCGGUCAACUGCUAGUUUGCUGGAGGACCACCAUGGAAAAGGAAUGGCCAGGAAGAAGCAAGGAUCAUAACAACCCUCCCAAGCCCAUAGACCACCUCCCAAGUCUCAAUGCCACUAGUAUUUUGCCCCUGGAUGGACAACAGUGAGGACCAGAACGCCCUUUUCUGGUGCCACCAGUUGCUCAACCCCUGAUCUGAACAGAUAUGAGAGCAGGCACACCAGGUCUUCACCCAACGGCCAAGUGUCUUGCCCCCCCUUCCCCAAAUGUUAUGUUUGUGUGCAUGCAGCUGACAAACUGAAGAGAGGCUCUAAAAAGAAAAGAAGAAAAGCCCUAAAGGCCAAUUUUGUUGAAGAAAAAAAAAAGAUUCCACAAACACAAGAAACCUAAAUUCUCCCAAAUGGAACAAAAUAACUACUGCUCUUCCAAGAAGGAUUGGUAGAAGAUUUUGCACCGUUAAGUAGGGCUGGGCAAUAUCUGAUAUAUCAUCAGCUAAACAUUGCAAUAUACCGAUCUAUCACAAAAUAAGGAUGGAGCUAUGAAGAGGCAAUGGCUGGCUUCAUGGUUUUUCUUGCAUUGUGAUAUUUGCAUAGCGUGCACACAGAAACACACAUGAUUUGUGAUAUAUUGCCAGGUCAAAAAUUAUGAAGCCAGUUUCAAAAUAUGUCCUUUGAGCCAGUUUUGGACGAUAUAUUGAUAUAUCACCCAGCCCUACUGUUAAGACUCAGUAAGGGUCUGUCUAAAAGCAGAGAAAGAACAAGCUAAAAUCACAAGCAAGAGGGAGAUCACUGAAGCAAAUAGCACAAGAACAGGUUGUCUUAUUUCUAUUUCAUAUUCAUCAAGGAGGCAUUAUGGAAACAUCCACAUCUUAAGCCCUUAUGUCCAUAUGCCAUUGUGAUGAACAGAGCAAAUGACAUUUCAUUUGAAGCAAUAACCGCAGUCCCUCACCAAGUUAGGCUUAAGCAACACUGAAGUCAGUGGAAUCCAAGCACCUUAACCAUUACAGGUUUGCAGCCAAUGUUGCUUUUAAACAUCUCAUCUUAAAAUAAGAUUGGAAAAUGUAUUGAUUUAGUCUCUCUUAAAAAUGAAGUAUCAGCAAAAUAAUAAACUAUGACAAUAACAUGCAACUUAAAUGGCGUCGUCCUAACGUUUUACCAAGGAAAUUCUCCAAAGUUCAUGCUUUUUCUCUCCUACACGCUGCCCCUCUCUGUGUGUGUCUCUGUGUGUAGUAGUACCCUCUGCUAGCAACAUCCAGCAUAUGGCUUCACAAACCAAGACAACCAACUAGAUGCAUCCUUCUCAACUUAAGUACCGUAUUUUUCCGUGUAUAAGACUAGGGUUUUUUCCUAAAAAAUAAAGUCAAAUAUUAGGGGGCAUCUUAUACACAGAUACAUUCCCCCCCGGCGCCAUUUUCUUAAAUCUGAGUCCCCAAAAAUACAUGGGGGCGUCUUAUGGACUGAAAAAUACGGUAUGUGUAGUAUAUGGACUUAAACUGGUUUAACAUUCAUUCCCUCACUGUGGAGAACUAUAGUUCUCAGCAUAUGAAAGGACUGCUAACAGAAUUUGCAGCCCCUUCAUUAAAUUACACUUCCUGUAAAUUCUUUAGCAGAAGCCAUGACAGGUAAAACUGGUAGAUUACUGAUUAAACUCACCUUCCAGGCUCCAUCUAAACAACUUGAUUUGUUUUAAUUUGCACCUGAAAAGUGAAUCGGAAUGCUUGCCAAAAUCACCUUAGUAAACAUACCAACAGUAAUGGAAAUCACAGUCACCCAGUCUAGCUAAAAAGUUAUUUGUGACUAGUUUGCUUCACUGCUUCAAUGGUCACACCUGAAACCAGAUGGACUGGGGCUCCUUUUUUUAUUGGGCUGUUUGGAUAUGAUCCUGAUGGACCAAUAGUUCCCAUCUGUUACAUCCUAAUGAGAACUGGCAUCUUAUUUUGCAGCAAUACUGGCAGCCCUGAGUCAACAGAGAAUGGGCUCCAAUUUUCAGAAGCAGAGUAACAUUCUCAAGGGGGGUGGGAGGGAGGCCAUGUUGAGCAGGGGAGAGCAGGGUGUGUUUCAUUUUUGUUUUUUUAGUCAAGGCACUUGUGAGCCAGUCUGGUAGUAAAGACAGAAAUUAAGUAAAACAGGUUUUACUGUUUAACUCAAUUCAGUUAUACAAAACUGUACAUAAAGUGUUAAUCGGGAGAUUAACAUGUUUUGAGUAUGAUAUGAGGGGGUAAACCAUAGCUAUUGUAUACAAGCACUUGACUACCCCACUAAUAACCCCCUUGAAUUUUGCUUUUGUAUCCAUGAAAAGGUCCCUCAUCCAAUAUUGCAUUUUGUCUGUAUGUACAAACCACCACCCUGGCAGGGUUUAUUUUUAAAAUAAUAUUAUAUGCAGUUGAGUGUUGGAAAUGUUGGGGGGGGGAGGUCCAGUUCGUUUUGUUUUGUUUUCCCACCCCAGUAUUAGUUUUAGUUUUGGACAUAGCAAACCCCAAUCAGGUGCUAUCAGAUGACCAGUUACUGCUUAGUUAACUAGAUGUAAAGUUUUACAUAUAUAUAAAUAUAUAUAUAUUAAUGUCAAUAGUUUUAUUACAAGUUGAGCAAAAUGGACUCUAGUUUAAAAUAAGGGGGAAAUUAGAACUCUUCUGAAAUGGACUGUAGAGCAUGUAAAAUGAUUUUACUGAAACCUGUGCAACGGUAAUCAAGGGGAAGGAAAAAAAUGUUAUGUUGUAGAAAAGUUUGCAGAAUUUUUUUUUUAAAUCUGCUUUUAAUUUAUUCUUUUUCUAUUAAGAAUUUGUAUAGUUACCUUUACAUUUUGCAAAAACAGUGUUGUCAACACUUCCUUAUUAAAGCAUUUUCAAGAUGAAA